ACGCUUGUCCGCCAUUUUGAUACGUGCGAGGGGUGUUCUUUCUCUCCAAUCUAAAGCGAUUUCCUGCUCACUUCGACUGUAAACCUACUCUGGGCAGUUGUGAUAGACAGAAAAUGAUGGACUGGAGAAGCUAUGAAAUACCUGUGGACGAGCUGCCAACUUUCCACCCUGGGAACGAGGCAAGUAGCAGCGAGGACCCGGCAACAGACACAGGAAGACAGCAGGUCAAGGAAGAGGACAUUCUAUUGGAAGAAACGUACGGGGUAAACUACUAUUUCCAUCCUGCUUUACCGAGUCAAAUAGAGCAGACUGACCGGCCUGUGGUCAAAGAUACUGUGGACAAACUUUACAAAUAUGACCUGUGGGAUUAUUCUGCAGCAAAGAAAAUCCAUUUAGACAAUGACAUGGCCAAACUCACCGGAGACAAACCCUACAUUUGUCCAGAGUGUGGCUUUAGGGCAUCUGUAAGGUCUGGCCUAGCAGUGCAUAUGAGAAAACAUACCGGUGAGAAGCCAUACAAGUGUGACCAGUGUGACUAUUCUGCUGCACAGAAAGGCACUUUAGACCGGCACCUGGCUAGACAUACCGGUGAGAAACCAUACAAGUGUCACCAGUGUGACUAUUCUGCUGCACAGAAAGGCACCUUAGACCGGCACAUGACUAAACAUACAGGUGACAAACCCUACAUGUGUGGAGAGUGUGGCUUUAGGACAGCUUUUAUGUCUAGCCUAACUGUGCAUAUGAGAAAACAUACCGGUAACAAACCCUACAAGUGUGACCAAUGUGACUAUUCUGCUGCACAGAAAACUAAUUUAGACACACACAUGGUUAUUAACCACACUGGAGACAAACACUACAUGUGUUGGGAGUGUGGAUACAGGACAAUUGACAAUUCUCGCCUUACUAUUCAUAUGAGAAAACACACAGGUGAAAAACCUUACAAAUGUAACCAAUGUGACUAUGCUGCUUCAAGUAAAGUGACUUUAGAUAUGCACAUGGUUAAACACACUGGAGAAAAACCCUACAUGUGUAGGGAGUGUGAGUAUAGGACAGCUUCCAGGUCUAGCCUAUUUGUGCAUAUGAGAAAACAUACAGGUGAGAAACCCUACAAAUGUGACAAGUGUGACUAUUCUGCUACAUUGAAAUGUACCUUAGAUCGACACAUGGCUAAACACACCGGAGACAAACCCUACAUGUGUGAGGAGUGUGGUUACAAAACAGCUGACAGGUCUGACCUAACCAAACACAAGAGAAAACAUACGGGGGAAAGACCCUACAAGUGUGACCAGUGUGACUAUUCUGCUGCACAGAAAGUCAAUUUAGAUGUACAUAAGCUUACACACACUGGAGAGAAACCCUACAUGUGUUGGGAGUGCGAUUACAGGACGUUCACUAAGUCUCGUCUAACUCUACAUAUGAGAAAACAUACAGGUGAAAAACCCUACAAAUGUGACCAGUGUGACUAUUCUGCUGCACAGAAGAGGUAUUUAGACAAACACUUGGCUAAACACACUGCUGUGUGUGAGGGUAGUACUAGUGCGGAUGACAAAGUUACUUGUCCCGCGUAUGAAGAACCAUACAGGAAACAAAGCACACAAAGUGUUUGAAAAUGUCUGCCUUUUAGUCAAACAUAUAGGUAAAAAAUGUUACAAAUGGACAGAUAUGACCUCAUUGAUGUCACUAGAUCUUGACAUGAUUAAACAGUCAAAUAAUGUAUAAUAAACCCUACAUGUUUAUUGUGAUCGCAGACAACUUUUCCCUAUCUAAUCAUAAGACUUAAUUAAGAGCCAGCAUACAUUUGAAAACCCUUUCAAUAUGACUCACAUAUAUGUUAAAAUCCAUGCCAUUGUUUGUUUGAACCAAUCUUUAAAGUAACUCAUGUUUUGUAGCUGUUUGUAUUCUUAGGUUUGAUACUAUAGUGCAAAUAGAAUAAAAUGCUGAAACCGUUUUCAACUUGCUGCACAUGUUUGUGAUGUCACUGUAUGAAAUGGUAAGAGUUAUAAUACUUGCUUCGUUAUAUGUUGUGCUGAUAAUUUUCUACAUUAAUCAUAUUUUAGACAAGAUACUUAAAUAGUGAUGCUGCAUUAAUAAGUUUGUGACGAAGAAUUACACUCGCCAAAAUGAACACUACCGUCCUAAAAUCCAUGCCAUUGUUUGUUUGAACCAAUCUUUAAAGUAACUCAUAUAUUUUGUAGCUGUUUAUAUUCUUAGGUUUGAUACUGUAGUG